ACAAAGCUCACGCAGGUGACGCCACACACUGUAAACAGUUGAUAAAAAUUUGAGUUGAGUGCGUUUUCAACAAUGCCCCAUACAGGUCAGGCGGGUGUCAACCAGUUGGGCGGAGUCUUUGUCAAUGGGCGCCCAUUGCCGGACUGUGUGCGACGACGUAUCGUGGAUUUGGCGCUGUGUGGCGUUAGGCCCUGUGACAUAUCCAGGCAACUAUUAGUGUCUCAUGGAUGUGUAUCCAAAAUUCUGACGCGCUUCUAUGAGACAGGUUCCAUCCGGCCGGGAUCUAUUGGCGGCAGUAAAACGAAGCAAGUAGCUACACCAACUGUGGUAAAGAAAAUAAUACGCUUAAAGGAAGAGAACAGCGGCAUGUUCGCUUGGGAAAUACGUGAACAACUGCAGCAGCAGCGUGUUUGUGAUCCUAGCUCAGUACCGUCGAUCAGCUCUAUUAAUCGUAUAUUGCGUAAUAGUGGACUCUGGACAGACGAGAUGACUUCCAGUCAGCAGAAUGCAGCAGCUGCUGCGGCAGCAGUGGCAGCGGCUCACCAAAUUUCUGGCGGCGGCACUCCUAGUGCUUACGCUUCGUCCACCCAGUUGUAUGCGAGCCCCAGUAAUUCAGCUUCCGCAGCUACACGAAUUACGCCCACCUCUGGCACGCCACCUACAUCGACAUCAAGCUUACACUCACGCUAUACCAAAGCGACACCGUCACCGUCAUUACUGGGCGAUGGGCACCCUCUCAAACCUGCGCCCAAGUUGCCUCCGUCUCAUGGAAACAGUCCUAGUCAUGGAUUGGCAACCGCAGUGUCCAGUCAGUUGGGUGGCUUAGACUUAAGUUACUCAGCACUGCACAAGCACUGGCUAUGGAAUCCUUCGCUGCUCUAUUAUACUCAAGCACACAUGCAGGCAGCCCAAGCAGCAGCAACGGGCGGUCCGAUUUUACCCUAUAGUGGCGCCUUUGUGCCGCAUGGCGCAGCCAGUAUGGCCGCUGUUGCAGCGGCUGCUGCAGGAAGCUGUGCAGUUGGCGGUGGGUUCACAAAAUCCGAAAGCUCAAUUGAUCUAACCAAACCCUGCGCCAUGGGCGAUCCCUUGAGUGAUUGCGAUUCAGGAAAAUCAUCGCCGGUGGCGUUGACCUUAAGUACAGCUACAUCCGGCGUUACAGAUACGGUGACUAACAGUCAAAAUAGUCGCAAAAGGAAUCCCUAUUCCAUUGAGGAACUAUUGAAGAAGCCUGAGAAGCGUUUCCGUUUCAACAGCGAAUCACAGACGAGUUUGGAAGGACGUGUGACCAAGCGUGAUAAUGUUGAAUGCAUAAGCUCGAAUUCCAGCUCCAGCUCGAGCGAAAGCAACAGCAACGUUAGUAACGUCAGCUCCGAAGAUACGGCUACGCUAACAAGAUCCCAGCUGGAAGUCGCGGAUGUCGAGGAAGAUUGUAGCGUUGAAGUCGUCAACUAAGGCUGCCUGAUUGCCUUUACUUAGUUCUAGUAAGAGUCCCAGUUUUAAACAAUUAAUAUGUUUAUUUUAGACUACCUAUUCGUGAUAACUAAUUAAUCGAAAUAAAAUA